GAUUCCGAUCGGACGUGUGUCGUGCUGUCCCGCGCGAGUGUCGCCGUGCCGUGGGACUUCGCCCCCGGGCUUUGCCCUGCGUGCUGAGGCGCUCCACUGACCUCCGAAGCCCCCUUGCGUCGCGAAGGCAUCAGCGUGAGUGAUCGAAAAAUUUUUGUUUCUGCGCCGGAUUCGAACUCGGGUCCGCUUGGAUUUGCGCAGCGCCUGCCCCAACCGAGCCACGAGAACAACGAGCGGCCGCGCCGAAUUUUUCAACCACAAGUCAACUGCUACGAGCGCCUACGGAUUUUGCUACGAGCGCGCCUUUGCUACGAGGUUCGUCUAUACGCGCGGUGCGUUCUACGUGCUACGUUGAUUUGCUACGGACACUAGCAGCGUGUGAUUAUUAUUUCGAGCUUCCUUCACGCUAUAACAGCCGCUUCAACUCAGCCAAAAUGUUGCGCUCACCAACUGACAAAUCAAACAUAACAUACGGCUCGGCUCCCGACCUCAACCAAGGGACUGACGAUAGAAGUCCCGAUGCCUGCGUCACCUUACGAUCCAGUAAAAGACGCCGAUGUGACUGUGGCUCCUCUGACGAGUCUAAGCUUGAUGUCUUCAUUAAUAAACUCACAUCGUGGAAGCAGGACACCGACAGCAAGCUAACAGGUAUACUGGAGUCUAUGAACGACAUCAAGAAGCAAAAUGCAGAAUUGCUGGCAUCGAAUGCAGAGAUAGAAAAGUCUAUUAACUUCCUAUCUGAAAAAUAUGAUGAUAUUUGUGAACAAAUCAAUAAUCAACAGGAGCGGAUAAAGGCUUUUGACCUACGCUUGUCCAGUGCUGAAGAGGCCACGGAAGAGAACAACAGACUUUCCCGUGCCAACUCAUUGGAAAUACGUAACCUCCCUAUAAAACAAAAUCUACCUCAAGAAGAGCUGAUUCGAACGUGCGACCUGAUUUUUAAGGAGCUGGGAACGGAAGUUGCCCCCCGUGAUGUCUAUGACAUUCGUAUUCUGCCUUCCAAACAGGAAUCGAAAACUGUUAUAGUCACCCUGAACUCGGUGAUAUUAAAGAACUGUAUUCUUCGGGCUUACAAGGACUUCAACAAAUCGAACCCCCAUGGCAAACUGAGUUCUUCAUUGUUGGGGCCUAAUUACCCGCGCCAAGUAAUCUACAUGUCGGAGAACCUUACUGCGCGUACUCGUAGGCUUUUUUAUCUGGCGCGAGAAUUUGCCAAAGCCGAGAACUAUAAACAUUGCUGGACAGCAAACGGAAGGGUUCUCCUUCGACAAGAAGAUAAUGGUAGACUAAUAGUCUUGAAUAGCGAUACCCAAAUUACCCAACUAACAACUUUAAAGUCAAAAAACUGA